AUGGGAGACAUCAUUAGUGAGUAUCAAAAUGCUUUCGUGCCGGGAAGACUUCUCGUGGAUAAUUGUAUGAUUGCUCAUGAGUAUAUGCAAUAUGUAAAGAAAAGGAAAAAAGGAAAGGAUUUUGCAGGUAUUUUGAAGAUGGACCUGAAUAAGGCUUACCAUCGUAUAAGCUGGAGCUUUAUUAGGGAGGUUCUCAUGGCCUUUGAAUUCCCUCAACAAUGGAUAGAUUGGAUUAUGGAAUGUAUCACCACUGUGUCUAUGGCGGUUCUUGUCAAUGGGGAGGUCACAGAAAAUUUCAAGCCCAAGUGUGGUCUCCGUCAAGGCGACCCUUUGUCGCCUUAUAUUUUCAUUAUGUGCAUGGAGGUGCUCUCUCGACGUAUGCUAGCUUUGCAGGAAAUUGGUUCAGGUCGUGGCUUGAAAAUUGGAAGACGGUCGCCAAGAAUCAAUCACUUGUUUUUUGCGGAUGAUGCGUUAUUUUUCUUCCAUGCAACUCCGGACUCGUGUGUUAAUUUGAGGAAGGCUCUGGACGAGUUUAGUCUGAUAUCGGGUGAGGUGGUGAGUUUGGAAAAAUCUUUUGUCACAUUUUCUCCUAACACCCCGCGCAGGUUCAUCUCCUUUAUGCGCAGGCCCUUAGGAAUGAAGAAUAAAUUCGCAAUGGGUACUUACUUGGGCUGCCCUAUGGAUGUGGAUGGUAGGAGUUCCCAGAAGUUCGAGUUCCUAAUUGACAGAAUCGCAAAAAAGCUUUCAUCUUGGAAAUUCAUUUCUAUUUCCCAAGCAGGCAAGAUUAUUUUGGUGAACAGUAUCAUUGUAGCCAUGGCUUCUCAUGUUAUGUCUCUCUUCCUGAUCCCAAGGGGAAGCCUUAGUAGAAUAACAAGCCUCUUCACCAAGUUUAUAUGGAGCACUUCAAUGGACAGAAAACCCAUCUACUGGAGGAGUAGGGCACUUUUGGAAAAACACAAAGAGCAAGGGGGUUUAGGGGUCCAUAAUAUAAAAAAUCUAAACACCGCAUUAGUGUGUAAGCAAGCUUGGAGAAUCCAGAAUAACCCUCAGAGUUUAGUUGCUCGUAUUCUGCUGGGAAAAUACAAAAAAUCGCCAAUAUUGAUUGCACAAAAUAAUGGGAUUCUAGGCAGGGUGUCGUGGAGUUUUAGGAGUAUGGUAAGAGCAGCCUCAAAUUUGAAGUUGGGUAUGGGUAUGUUAGUUGGGGAUGGCAGCAAUAUUGACAUUGAAAGGGAUACCUGGGUUCAUGGUCAGCGUGUUCAAAAGAAGGAGGGAGUGUCGCCUAAUGUGAAGAUGGUUGCAGACCUUUUAACUGAUGACUUAAAGUGGAAAUCGAGUCUCGUCUGGAGUUGUUUUGAGAGCAAUACUGCAAAGAAUAUCCUUGCCAUCCACGUUAGUGCUCGGAAUCUUGAAGAUGAGGUAAUAUGGAACUCCCUCACCAAGGGAUCUUAUUCGGUUAGGGAAGGCUAUGCUUUGCUGCAAAAUCAGUUAACGGUACAAGGUGACAGCCCAUCAUUCUGGAAAAAAAUUUGGAAAAUGAAAAUUAUACCCAACUGGAAACUAUUUAUGUGGAAGAUUUUAAAUAAGGCUUUGCCUUCGUGUACCAACCUCCGUGCGAGAGGUGUGGAGUUAGAUGUAAUGUGCAAGAGUUGUCUUGCGCAUGAGGAGACAUUGGAGCAUUUAUUUCGUGAUUGUGAGCAGAUAAAGAGAAUUUGGAGUACGGGACAAAUCGGUUUAAGGAUCAACAACAGCGGAUCAUCAUUGAGUGAGUGGGUCAGACACUACUUGUGGUUCUUUUCGAAGACGGAAGACGGAAGGGACGAAAAGCUAGUGACCUUUGUUGCAACAUUAUGGAGCAUAUGGAAAGCCAGGAAUGAGCUUAUAUUCAGGGAUGGCAAGACCACUCCCACACAGAUCAUGUCUAACAUUGAUGACAAUUACAAGAAGUGUUGGGCUUUUAUGGAAGGGAAGAAGAGGAACUCGUCUGCGCGUGGGAUGGUGGACCGCAGGAAUAGUGCCCUGGCCUUCUGGGCGGUCGGUUGUCCAAGUGGUUCUACUCCGACUAGCAUACAGGUGGAUGGGUCGUGGAAGAAGACGAAGAAAAUAUCGAAGUUGGGUUGGACUGCGGGAGCGGGUUGGUUAUGUGAGCAUGAGGGAACUGUCACUAGUGGCUCUCAACAUAUCUUUGCAACUACCCCCCUUCAAGAGGAGGCUACGGCCUUGUGGCUGGCAAUUCAAUCACUUGCUAAUGUGUACUCGAGGGUGGAUAUCCUUACGGAUUGCUGUGAUCUCGUUACAGCACUUAAACAACCAAGUGACACAAAGCUGGAGAUUCGGUCCCUGAUAGCGGAUAUAGUUCUUAGUAUUAAUUCACUUAAUUAUUUUUGCAUUUCUAAAGUCCCCAGGAAUGAGGUGUCUAGAGCUCAUAACCUAGCUGUUCAAGCUAGGAAAAGAGACUAG